AUGUGGGCCCAGUACUGGGGCGGCACGCGGCAGCUCUGGGUCGACGCCGGCGCGGCUCGUGCCCUGCGGCGCCGGGUUCGCGAGUCCAUGGCCAGCGGCGGGGUGGCAGCCGACGGGUCGGUGGCGCUGAGCCGGCGGGAGACGCGGUUCGUGCGUCGGGUGGCUGACGACGUGCGCGCGCUGGUGCCCUUCCUCGCCUUCUUCAUGCUCCCCUUCUCGGCCUACGCCCUGCCCGUCAUCGUCCGCUUCUUCCCCGGCUUCCUUCCCUCCACGUACCACUCUUCCAGCUAUCGGGUGGCGCAGAUGCAGAAGCGGCAGAAGGUCAAGGUGGAGGCCGCCCGCCAGCUGCGCGACGCCCUCAGCGAGCGACUGCUCGCCACGGAGGGUCCGUCGGCCCGCGAACGCGACCUCCUCCUCGACUUCAUUCACCGGGCAGCAGCCGGAGAAGCGAUUCCGCUGACGCAGCUGCGACCGCUCGACCGCUACUUCGCGACGCACUUGAAGCUGCUGGACCUGGAGCCGAGGCGAUCGAGCGGAGCCUCGCUGGGGUCGUGGCUGGGCUCGACGCUGUGGCUGUGCCCGGCGGAGCUGCGCGCCCUGUGCACCUUCUAUGGCCUCUCGGCGCUGCCCCUCCCCACCUUCGACCACUGCGCCAACCAGCUCAUCCUCCACGCCUCCCGCAUCCAGCACGACGACAAGCUGUUGGUGCAGGAGGGAGACAGGUGGCCGACUGAGCUGACGGACGAGGAGCUGCUGGAGGCGUGCGACGAGCGCGGUCUGCCCACCGACGUCACCGAGCGCGAUCGGUUGGUGGCCCAGAUCAACCAGUGGCUCGCCUUCCGCCGGCCACCUCCGCCCGUCUCUGCCGAACUCACCCUCUUCGCGCCCGCUCUCGCCACCAACACCAGAGCCAAGUGA